GAGAGAGAGAGAGAGAGGGAAGGGGAGAGGAGGAGGAGGCAGGGAGAGAGAGGGAACAGAAGACUACAGAGAAUGAGGCGAAGACAAUCACAUUUUUUUGAGGACUCAGGAACCGGAAGAAAUCAUUUUCGUUUCAAAGAGACUUCAUAUUUUUGAUCUGCUUGUGCCCAGUUCAACAUUUUUACUCAACAAAGGAUUAACAAAGUCAACUCUUUUAAAUCUGAAGAGCACAUCUUUGAAAUAAUGCCUCUUUAGCUUUAUGGUGUUACACACUUGUACACUGGGGAACUGAAGCACAAGUCAGCGUGAUGACAGGACCGUUAGACAGCAAACUAUAAAGAACGGUUACUUGUUGUGUGCGUGUGGGCAGAGGGAGGGUAAUACAGUACCUAUCCAGUAUAUUUAAAGAACUGCAGUAUGUACAGUCAGAUACAGUGAUAGUACAUUUCACACAGCAGUUGUAUGUGGCAGAAGCAGCAAAGUAGAAGAGCACUGCACGCAUUAUCAGAGGGCAGUGAUCACUGUAGGUGACGAUCCAACAAUUCAACACAGGGCAGUGCAGGACACAGCAAUAGCACAUUUACGUCGCACCAGACUGCCCCUGGUGGAGAGACGAUGACAUCGCACGGGAAACUAAGGAAGGAGAAGGGGAGCCUGGCGGAAUAUGACACCCAGAUAAAAGAGGUGCGCAGUCAGCUCUCAGAGCAGUUGAAGGUCCUGGAUGCGCAGCUGGAGCAGAAGACGCAGCUGCUGCAGGACCUGAGCGACUACCUGCGCAGACGCGGGGAGAUCGAGGGGGAGUAUGCCCGGUCCCUCGAGAAGCUCACAGAGAGGUUCACCAGCAAAAUCAAGAGGAAAGAACAGAGCGAGCAGUCUGUGGGCCAGUGCUGGUCGGUCCUGCUGACCCAAACGCGUCAGGAGAGCCGAGACCACAGCGCCAUGAGCGAGUACUGCAGCAACAACCUGACCCAGAGGCUCUCCCACUGUAUGGAGGACACGCACCGCCUGGCCAAACGGAGUAAGGAGGUUGGUCUUCAGAUGCAGGAUGAGCUUCUUAAAGUCACCUUGGAGCUGCAGAUGGCCUUGAAGACUUACCACCAGUACCACACUGACUGUCUAGCUGCCGAGGGGAAGCUCAAGGAAGCCGCCCGAUUGGAGGAACGACAGACCGGCAAAUCUUCUGACCUGGGCAUUGGCCAAUCCGGAGGGCAAAGGCGGAGCUCUGUCAGAAAAAUGGAGAGACUGAUGGAAAAGAGACAGGGAAAAGUCCAGGAGACCCAGCUGAAGUGCACUAAAGCUCGCAAUGACUACCUGCUGAUCCUGGCUGCCGCCAACGCCUCAAUGAACAAGUAUUAUCUCCAGGACAUCUGUACCCUUAUUGACUGUACAGAUCUAGGGUACCACCUCUCGCUGUCGCGGGUGAUGCGUGGUUUCCUGUCCAGUCGCAACCGGAUCCAGGAGAACUUGAAGAAUGGGCUGCAGCAACUGGACAGUGCAGUGACCGGACUCGACCAAAGCCACGACAGAGACGCUCUGUUGCAGGCCCACAACACCACGUUCUGCCUGCCCUUCCGCUUCCAGUACCUGCCCCACGAGGGCGACCAGGUGUGCGAGGUGAGUGCGGAGUGCCAGGUGAGGUACGAACUAGAGACCCGAUUCCAGCAGCUGCAGUCCAGGCUGGCCUCUGUCACCCUGGAAACGGAAGAGGUCAGCAAAACGCUCCGGGCCACUCACGCCGCCCUCCUGGACAGCGUCUGCGACGACGACUGCAACCCUACCCCUGAUCACACCACCUCCCAGUCACAAGAGGGUGCCGGCGAGGCCCCCAGCAGCAAGCUCAGCUUGGUCAAGCGCAGAGCCAACCUGCAGGAGACAGAGAGCUACUACUUCACGAAAGUGAAGGAGCAGCUGAGUGGCAGUUCCCUCAUCUCCAAACUUCAGGCCAAACACGACCUGCUGAAGGAGGCCAUAACGAAAGCUGAAGCGAUUGACAGCGACCCCUCCAGAACGCAAUCCAGUAGGUCAGUGCGCGUGCGGAAGGCGCGGCCCUGUUCCCAGUACAACCACAAACUCUUCGCCGGAGACAUGCUCUCCUUCAUCCAGAGCUCAGGACAGCCAAUCCCCCUAGUGGUGGAAAGCUGCAUUCGCUUCAUUAACCUUCACGGUCUGCACCAUGAGGGGAUCUUCCGAGUGCCUGGCUCCCAGAGCGUGGUCAACCACAUCAGGGAUGCCUUUGAGAGAGGAGAGGACCCCCUGACGGACAGUGACUGUGACAUCGAUUCGGUGGCCGGAGUGCUGAAGCUGUACUUCAGAGGGCUGGAGAAGCCACUCUUCCCAGAGGAGAGCUUCAGCCAGCUCAUGGAAUGUGUCCAGAUAGAGAAUGAGACAGAGAGAGCUGCCCGCAUAAAGUCAAUCAUCACCUCCUUCCCUCGGCCCAUCGUCAUAGUCAUGAGAUACCUGUUCGCCUUCCUCCACCACGUGUCUCAGUACAGUGACGAGAACAUGAUGCAGCCCUACAACCUGGCCGUGUGCUUCGGGCCCAGCCUCCUGAGGGGGGCGGAGACGGGCGAUGCCGUCACCCUGCAGCCCCAGAUCAACGCCCUGGUCAAGACAAUGAUCCUCCAGCAUGAGGUCAUCUUCCCCGGCCAGGGCGAGCUCCCGGGCCCCGUCUAUGAGAAGUGCAUGACUCUGGAGCAGGAGUACUGUGAGCCAAUCACGGAGGAGGGGGAAGGGGAGUCAGAACACUUACACAGCGAGGAUGAGUGGGAUGCGGUGGCCAUGUUUGAUUACAAUGCCCGCACUCCAGCAGAGCUGUCAUUUAAGCAGGGCGAUCACCUCCUACUGCAUAGCAAGGCCUCUUCUGACUGGUGGAGAGGUGAAGUGGGUGGAGUCAAAGGGCUCAUCCCACACAAGUACAUCAGCGUAACUGAAGGGGCGGUUCGCAGGCAGGAGAGAGCGAGGAGGGAAGAAGGGAGAGGGGGAAGCACUGGGAAUCUAAACGAUGAUCAGCAACUUGCCGAACACAGCACCCGGUUGAGGGUGAACAGUGACAGUGCCUCCCUCCCCAGCCGACAGAGAGGAGGGGGCAGCAGUAGCCCCGUCCGGAAGGUGAACCUGCCGCUGCCCGAGGGGCGCUUCAUCCUGCCGCCCCACUCCCCGGGCCUCCCACGCCAGCACCCAGUGUCCCAGGAGCGGAGGAACACCCUGGAGAGCGUGCGGCAGACGGGGAGCGGAGACAGACAGACAAUCCAGGUUGAUAAGGAGGUCAGUCGGCAGAUGAACUCCGUCUUUAAGGAGCUUCUAUCUCGGCAGCCUCCCCAGGAUCCCAGCGUCACGGCCUCGGCCACUUCCUCGUCCUCCUCCUCCCCCUCUCCUUCUAUGGCGCGGCCUGUGCAGAAGAAGGGAGGGUUUGUCCUGAGGGGGAGGGGCCUGUUCAAACCCGCUGAUCAGCAGGACUGAGGGAGGGAGAGGGAUGAGGGGAGAGGGGAUGAAAGCCAGGGAGUGAAAAACAGGGUUCCUACAGUCCUUGAAAGCAUUUUCAUCCUGGAUAGGCAUGGAAAUAUCAAAUAUCCCACUGUCCACAUCUAAAAAGAUAAAUGCAAUUCAUUUCUUUCAUAGCAACAUAUUUCAGUCUUUCUUGCCAGCUUGACGUGUUUUACUGUCAAGUCUAGCAGUGUUGGUGUACUGACAUUGCUAACAAAGUGGUUUUCUCAUUGGUCUGUACAAUAUGCACACAACCGAUCACAUUUGACCAGUGUUCACUGCCAAGAACAUCUGAGAGUGUGCAUUCGCACAGAAACAAAAUACUUCUGAAAGUCCCCUUGCAUUUACUGUGUGACAGAUUUUUGUGAGUUUGGAAAUCUAACUUCUUUCCCUAAGAAGUCACUAAAAAGCCAUGGAAAACAUAAACGCGAUCUGAGUGGGAACCCUGGAAAGAGUUGAGAGGUGUUGGGGAGAGGAAGAGAGGUGGGAAAGGGAAAUUGAAAAACAAGACUUUGAAAAAAGUGUGGACUGAAGGCUGGCAAUAGAGAGGAGUGGAGGAGAGUUGUAAAGAAAUAUCUUUUUUUCCAGAGAAUUAGAGUUGUUAUGUCUCCUUUUCAUAUUUCAUCCCACAUUCUGUACAAUGCAGUGCCGUUCAGUGGAGUAUUCACCAUUGUGUUACAGUAGCACUAGGGUGUGUUGUCAUGGGAAGGGACCAGUUCCUGUCAAAGAUAUAUUGACAGAGGUAUCUGCAGAAAUGGGGCUGUGAUAUUCUCUGUAAUUAUGUAUGCACAGAGAAUAAGCCAGAGUGACACGUCCUCGUGUUAGUGGCAGGCAGAGAAAGAGGGGGUGUCCUGCGGCCGUGCUGGUGCCCAGAAGGCCUUUUUCCUCAGUUACCGCGAACUCAAGAUGGCACGGAAUGGCUCAGAGCCCAGUUGAAGUUCCAGCAGUAUUUUUCCUCAGAGGAGCCAACCCCAGCCAGCGCUCCCUCACCGCGAGGCUGUUACGUUGUGAAACACUGUGUGUUUGCUGGCACAGCCCUCUUAUUAAAGCCAGUCCAGAGCUACCUUCUCAUGUCAUGUGCACAGCAGUGGCCUGGUGGAUUUUUUUUUAACUAUGCUUUCAUAUAAGGUUCAGAGCAGUGAGUAAGGCAUUCCUCAAAAGAAAACUGUUACGUUGGAAGGUGUAACUUUUUUGAUCGCACAAUAUGUUUUUUUUUGCUUUGUCCACAAGAUGGAUUUAUGUUUAAAUGAAAGUCACAAAUGGCAUUUGAGUGGAUUCAAUGAUGUGUAUCGCUGCAUUUAAACGGUGCCAAACAAAGGACCGAUCUUUGUGCGUCAAUUUAUAGUUCUUUUUUCCACCUAGUUUCAUAGAAAGCAAAAGGAAAGGUAUUGUUCAAUGUGUUUGCUUACUAUGAUGCAUCAAACAAUGUGGAUAUGUGCAUUUUUCAGUCCAGAAAUGGUCCUGAGUGUGUUUGUUUCUUGCUGCUUGCUUGAAAGCUAACCUGUGGCUCCUGGAAUUAGAAGGCACCAUAAGUCACCACAAAACGUCCUGUGACUCUGCCACAUCUUUUUUCUAUUAGGGUGCCAAGCACUGUAAGUGUGUAGGCACACUAUUCUUUAUUUUUGGAUUAUUUGUUGGUUAUGGUCUGAAGCAGCAAAACUGCAUAGGCACCUCCCAGUGUAAAUGUUAGCAUUAUUAUUUGUGGUCUAAGCACCAAAAGUUUUUCUCUGCCUUUUUCUGACCAUUUCUUUUUUUGAUUCGGACUGUUCAAGCAGUCAUCAUGAAAUAUGAAAGGUUUGUAGAGGGCCAGAAGAAGUUGUGCCCCCCAGAAAUGGCAGCUUUAGAUUACAUGGGUAUUGGAAAGCAUUCCUCUUGGGUCUUUGCCAACUUCAGAGUGCUUACAAAUUGGAGUUCACCUUCUUCCGUCGUUGUGUUUUCUGUUGCAAAAUGGGAAAGCGGCAAACAUGAAAGAAUGCUUUCCCAUUUUUUUGGUGUUAAAGUAUCACACAAAAAUGGAUUUAGGGUCACUGUACCAUUUUUAUGUUGAUCUUCUCGACCCACCAUCAGAAUUAAGAUGUUCACCAGGCGCUCCUCCUUCACUUGGCCAGAUCUGAGCUGAUGGAAGGUGUAUACUGGCAUGCUGUAGGUGAGCCCUGCCAAACAGUGACUCAUCAAAUGUGGCAGUGAAUGCCCACAUGGUGGGAUUAUGCUUUGCUUUGUUUACACAUGCUUAACACAUGCUUAUCAUAUAUACUCUUCGCAGUCAAUUCACGGAACUCGCUGUGCCUGUGUAUCUCCUUACAACCAUAUUUUUUAAACUUCCGCCAUACGGAACCUUCGGACAGUUACAUGAACGUUUUGUAAAAUGCAGAAAAUUCUGUGGGCAGAUUCACUUUAAACUUGUCUGGAAGAUAUUGCCACCACAAGCCAGUCAGAUUUUUGUGAAGCUUCAAGGUGAUAAACCCUUGAUGGUUUGUUUGCAUUAGGUGAAAUUUGGUACUGUCACAGCAGGGGCAUUUUUUAGGGGCUCUGUACAUUUUUUUGUGUAUGGUGUGGCAGCCAUCUUGGAUUUCAUUUCUUCUGUUUGGUAACUGUUGACCUGUUUUUGUAUUUUUGUGAUUUGAGCUACCAUUUUGUGGCUGAAUCACCCUUGCGUCUGAUAACAUCGCCCAGGGCAAUCUGCAAAUUUUCUCAUUUUUUGCUUGGACGCCAGGGCUACUCCCACACAGCCUUCUGCCCGUGCUUGGCUGCCAUAAUUGCUGCUUUCAGCUAUAUUUUGAAUUUUUGCUCAGUUUUAAUAAUAAAAAGAUUAUAUGUUUAGGACAUUUUAAUUUAUCUGCAUAUUUUUGCCAUUUUUAAAAAUCUAUGACUGAUGGAUUGGGAGAAAUCGAAGAGAGUGAACAAAUCUUUAUUUUUUUCUUCAGUAAAGUAGGUAAUUCAGUGAAGCCUCACUGAAUGUCGCACUUGCAUUUGAUGUGAUGUCAUUUGCUUUACAUCAGAGCAGUCGGCCCUCUCCUUUGCUGUGGCGGGUUUUUACGUGGGGGACCCAGGCCUUGGUGAGCACACACUUCAGCAUCUACACGCGAGAGAGAGAUCCCUGCAUGGGCAGCACCCAGAUUGACAGUCACAAAUGCUCAUUCUCUGCCACCACAUCCCUCCAAAUGCAGCCUUGCACCGCAGACACGCUGCUUCCAGACGGCUGCACAGCAAAUUGUGUCGCACGCGCAAAACCCGCUGAAGGACAACGGCAAAUGGGAGCAGGCCGCGGAGGAGCGCGGGGGGCCCCCUGACUGAGGGCCUGCUCAGCACCUGUACGCAAGGAUGGAGAGAAAGAGGCGUGGAAUAUGGCCGCACUGUGAAACUAAAUGAAAGAGGGGAGGGAGGGUGUGGUUUCACUUUUUCUGAGCCAGAUGCAAAAUUGUGUCCAAAACAAUUUUUUUUGUACACGAACCACGCAAAUAUUCACCCAGAAUUCUUCCGAUUCUGCUCACUCUCUCUGAAGCACUUGCCUCUCCUCGAUCUAUGUCUGA